ACAGUCAGCUCUCAUGUGACCAGCCGGCAACCGAUUUCUCCUGUGGUGGUCCAUUGUAACGGCCCCACGUGAUCAGACCACUAGGUAGCUUCGGAAGAACUAGGAAAUUGUUCGAAUUUUUAUUUGAAGCAUUUACACUUUCACACCACUGGCAAUUUUGAAGUUGGAUGCGUAAUAAUCUCAAUUUGCAACGGUAUUUUGGUGAUGCUUCGUAGGCAACGGCUUUCGACUGACCUUCCGUGUUUUAAAAUCCGACGAUAAAUCAUUUGUCUAUCGCAAAUUUAGAGAAAACGAAGUUGCAGGGAUCUCAGUGUUUUCCAGCCUACAAUUAAGGUCACAUGAUUUGUUAAUGUUAAUUUUACUUUUCUUGUCUGAAAUUUACCUUGCUUAUUAAAAUGCUGUUCAAAUUUUGACGGUUUGAUUCUUGAUUUUUUUGAGCAAUUUAUGACAUUAAGUAUUUUGAUUAGUUCAUUUCCAACGAAAUUUACGGCGAAUGAUAAUAAUGAGCUUUUGCUGUAAUUCCAUGCUACUCGACUGGAUGUUUUCCUUAGCGGUUGCAUAUUUGGCCGGGGUCGUAUCUGUUUUAAUUGUUGAAGCCGGGUUAUUACUUUUCUUCAUAAGACGACUCGUUCGUCGUUGGCAGUCUCGGUCCAUACGUUCGGAAGCCAAACCAAAUUUGGUUUCACAUGUUUCGGCAUCUACCUUGCUUAGCAAGCAGGGCAGGAUAUGGGUGGCAGUAACAGGCCCUUCGCUUCAAGAGAAAGAUAUGAAGGGAUUUUGUAACCAGCAGGUGAAAGGUUUGAAGGAACCAAAGACUAAGAAAGAUUCAGUCAAGGAAACUCCUGAAGUCUUGCCUGUGCAAAAAUAUGCCAAACUUAAGGACCAUAUACUUAUUUUGACAGAUUCAGAUGGUUCUGAGGAAGUAAUUGAACUUCAAGGGUGUACUAUUAGAGCAGUGUCUGGUGGAGAUCAAUCUGCGAGAAAGUGGGCAAAAAGGUACCCAAUCAAAAUGGAAAACAAAAAUCGGGUGCUUGUUAACAGAAGUAAAGUUUGUUUCUUUUAUCUUGAAACUGCUUGGGAAAAGGAAGCCUGGUGCAAAGUACUUAGGCUUGCUUCGAGGACUGACCUUAGAGGAUCUGAUCCAGGAGGAGUGGAUUGGUACUGGAACUUGAAGAAAGAAUUUGAAAGUUAUUUCCAACGGGUAAAUCAAGGCUAUUCUUCAUUUCUAAAGUCAAAUUCAGUUCCCACUAUUCAAAGAGACACUAAUAUAAAAGGUGCUAUAGCUUCCUCAAAGGCUCGUCAUUUCUGGAAGAAAUUUGCAAGGAAGGCUCCUAGAAUUGGGUAUGAAGUAACGACAAAUAGUAUUCCUACCUCAAGUCAAGAAGAGAAAAAAGCCAGUGCAAAGGAAUCCAGGAAUCUAGAUAGUUCCUCAUUAACUGAUUUCUCAAGCAAAGCAGGUCCUGCAGAGAAAAAUACUGAUAACCGUUUUCACACUGAUUCAUCAUCAAGACUCGGUAGUUCUGGGAGCCAAAGGCAGUCAGUUAGUGUUUCUGAUAUGGAUUCAGAAAAGUCUACUUUUCCUGGUAGUAAUGCUGGUCAUGAUAGUAGCAUUGCUGAUCAAGAAACACUUUGCUGUAAUUUACUGUUUUCAAGGCUUUUUUUUGAUGCGGAAAGAAGUCCAGAUGUUGUAGCCCGCAUUCAGGCAUUGAUUCAGAGACUGCUAUCCAAGGUCAGAACCCCAAGUUAUGUUGGUGGAAUAAAUUGCACACGAUUGGACCUUGGGAAGCUUCCACCUCAUAUUUCUAAUAUGAGGGUCCUACCCGUUAGUAUUGGUGAAGCAUGGGCCCUAGAGGUUGAUAUUGAGUAUUUUGGUGCUGCACUUAUGGACAUAGAAACACGAUUGGAAGUUUGUGAACCCAGUUUCCAGGAAAGCAUAGCUGGUACAAGUGUUGAAUCUGAAAUUGCAGUGGAGAAAUCAGUGGGUAUCUUAGACAAGGACAAUGAAAACAUUAGUAAUCAAUUACAGACUGUUACAAUUGCUAGAGAGAAAAAGGAUGAAGAAGAAACAUCAGAUGGGAUAAAGAAUUCAAGUGGUGGUAGUCGAAGAUCAUGGAAAGGAUUGCUUUCCCACCUUGCAGAUCAAGUUUCACAGGUGCCUCUAGCUUUGUCAAUCCGAGUUUUGUCUCUGAAAGGGACAGUAAGAAUAAGUAUUAAACCACCUCCUUCAGAUUGUAUAUGGUUUGGAUUUACAGCAGUUCCUGAUAUAGAAUGGGGAUUUGAGCCGUCAAUUGGAGAGCACAAAAUUACAAGUGGAACAGUUGCAGCAUUAAUAGCAACUCGAAUUAAGGUUAGAAAUAUUUCGUUUACUUUUUGCAUUGUUGCUGAAGAUAAUAUUAAUUAUUUCGAUGCAUCUACAGCAGUCUAUUGA